AUGGUUGCUGCAUUAUUAUUGUUAUUAGAAAUAGUUAUUAAAAGAAAUAGUAUUACUAAUUCUAGUAGCAUUGGUAGUAAUUCUAGGUCUAACGUUGGUGAUGGUGGUGGUGCUAGAUCUAACAACGAUAGAGAGAAAUCCAAGUCUGAUGAUGGAUUUCAUCAUUCUGAUUCUGAUAAAGAUAGUAAUCAUUCUUCCCAUUCUAAUAUGAGCUCAAGUAGCACUACUAAUAUUAGUAGCCAUCCUCUUAGUAGAAAUUCUUCCGUUAAGUCAGACACAGUUGCACGAGUACGACCAAAAUCUUCUUUGGGAAUGUUAACAGAGAAAACAAAAUCGGAUAGUCUUAAUUUGGCUACUGUAGCUGCUAAUAAACAAUUAAAAGCUGAUAGACAGGCGGAAGAAGCGAGAAAGAAUAGAAAGAUUGCAGAUUUGGAAAUCUCAAUAAAAUCAUUGAUGAAAAUCAAUUCAGAGUUAGAUGCAACGAAUAAAAAGCAGGCCAUAGAAAUUCAAGAUUUAGCAAGACGGCUUCAAAUGUACGUCAAUUCAGAAGAAAAUAGGAAAGAGAGCGAUAUUAGAUUUCGUAAAAUAUGCCUAGUAAUAGAUACAUUGAUUCGUGAUGGGAAGAAUGCAUUAGAGUACAAGUCAAAAAUUGGUGGUAGUAGAGUAUUAACCAAUGUACAAUUGGAUAAACAAUUAACACAAUCAUCAGAAUAUGCAGAUGGUAAUUCGUCUCUAAUUACGAAUUUGGGAGUCUGUGUAGUAGACAAUUCGAACAAGCGUCGUAUUCGUAUACAUAACGAUGCAAAAAUAUCACGUCGCAGAUCAUCACCUAAUUUCAGAUCAUCUUCGUCAUCAUCAUUUAUUAUUUCUGAUAGAAUGUUGAAUGCCACUAACCCUUCAAUAUCUACUAUUACUACAACUUCUGAUGUUUUGAAGCCUCCCUCAAUAUGGUCUUCAUCAUUGGGAUUCUUAGCACCUUGGAAACAUGAUUAA